CGCGUCCCCACCGCCGCCUUCAAAAAAAAAAAAAAAAAAAAAAAAAAAAAAAAAGGCGAGGGCUGCCGGGGAGCAGCUGCCAGGCCUUAGUGUUGAAGUUUUGAAUGUAUUUGGAUGUGCAGUUCGGGGCCAAGGAUGCAGACGUCUUCAUCAUUCCUUCUUCUCCCAGUGCUUGCCAGCCUGCCCUCCCUGGCCCACGGCAGUGCCGCUGGAGAGGGACUUCUGGAAGCCUUGGGACUUGACCUUAACCCAGAAUAAAUAGGGUUUUGAGACAGCCUCACCAUGUGUGAAGGACUGAUGGAGAGGUAUGUGGCUGCCAUGGUGUUGAGUGCAGCUGGAGAUGCCUUGGGGUACUUCAACGGGAAGUGGGAGUUUCUCCGGGAUGGGGAAAAGAUUCACCAGCAGCUGGCCCAGCUUGGUGGGCUGGACGCCAUAGAUGUGGAGAGGUGGAGAGUCAGUGAUGACACAGUGAUGCACCUGGCCACCGCAGAAGCUCUUGUGGAGGCUGGCAAAGUCUCGGAUUUGGCUCAGUUGUAUUCUCUACUUGCUAAGCAUUACCAAGACUGUAUGGAAGACAUGGAUGGCCGGGCACCAGGGUGUGCUUCAGUGCAGAAUGCCAUGGUGCUGAAGCCAGAUGAGGCCAAUGGCUGGAGGAUUCCCUUUAACAGCCAUGAGGGUGGCUGCGGGGCUGCCAUGCGUGCCAUGUGCAUCGGUCUCAGAUUCCCUCACCACAGCCAGCUGGGCACACUGAUCCAGGUGAGCAUCGAGAGUGGCAGGAUGACCCACCACCACCCUACAGGCUACCUGGGAGCCCUUGUUUCUGCUCUUUUUACAGCCUAUGCUGUGAACGGCAAACCUCCCAGGCAAUGGGGAAAAGAACUGAUGGAGGUGCUACCAGAAGCUAAAAAGUACAUUAUCCAAUCAGGCUACUUUUUGGAGAAGAAUCUUCAACACUGGUCCUACUUCCAAGACCAAUGGGAAAAAUACCUAAAACUUAGAGGGAUUUUGGAUGGCAGAUCAGCCCCCACCUUCCCCAAGCCCUUUGAUGUGAAGGAGAGGGAUCAGUUCUAUACCUCCGUGAGCUACUCUGGCUGGGGUGGCAGCAGUGGACACGAUGCCCCCAUGAUUGCCUACGAUGCCAUCCUGGCUGCAGGAGACUCCUGGAAGGAGCUCGCCCACCGUGCCUUUUUCCACGGUGGAGACAGUGAUUCUACAGCUGCUAUUGCGGGCUGCUGGUGGGGAGUGAUGUAUGGUCUGAAAGGAGUGAACCCCUCCAACUAUGAGAAACUAGAAUACAGAAACCGGCUGGAAAAGACAGCCAGGGCUUUGUAUUCUCUGGGGUCAAAGGAAGAUACCGUAAUUGCCCUUUAGGGAGAUGUGAUGUCAUUUCUUGUGGUUUUUCCUCUUGUGUGGUCCAGUUUCUUUUCGCUUUUUUCCAAAGUCAAGAGUUUUAAGCUUGUACUCCAGGAAUUUUGAGAUGACAUGUCCCUUGAACACCUGAAGCUCGUCUUUCCAGAUUCAUCCUGUUCCCGCCAAAUUUGACCCUCUUUUCUACCCUGAAAAAUCUUGAGCUCAGUUGACAGGGUCCUCGUCCUCCCAAACUAGAAGUCUUGUAGUCUCAUAUUUGAGUCUUCAUGUUCAUCGUCUAAACUUUCACUAAAUUUUUUCUGUUUGUUUCAGGUUGAGUCCCCCAAAAGUGGACUCUGUGAGAUAAAGAUUUAAGUACAAGUAGUUUAUUGGGGAGGUGAUUCCAGGAAGCAGAGAUAGGAGAAUGGGGAAGUGAGAGAUAAGGAGGUGGGGGGAAGCCAGUACAAGGUGCAUUACUGAGCAUGUUACCACUCUGGGCAGUUGGGACUUAGUCUAUCUGGGUUUUCUGUGUAGGCCACUCCCCAGAGUUGUCCCACUUGAAAGGCAAGCAAACCUGAGGUGUUUAUCUGCCAUCUUCCAUCUGAUAGUGGUUGAGGACCAUUCCUAGGGAUGCCAGCUACCCGGUUCUUCUUGGCUUGCCUCUUGUGCAAGCCAAACACAGAUGUCUUCAAGAAAAGACUCCGAGAUGCUUGCAGUGGCAAGCUGUACAGUGCAUGGGAACAGUAAGGGUGAUUAUAUGGGGUCCCAAUGUCAUCUGCCAAUGGUUAUACCUCCUAAAUAUCCUUUACAUCUACUACCUCUUUUACCUUCUUGCACCAGCCGUUUUUCAGCUGAUUUCUGCAGUCCAGGCUACUCAGGUCUGGGGAGUGCUGCUCCUAGCUGCACUCUGUACAUUACUGGCUGCAACUCUUAAUGCAUUACCAGUUUUACUGUUUGCUUGUCUUUCUUCUCCUCUAGACACAACCUCGCACAGUGCCUGGGAACACGGGUGCCUGAUUAGGUACCUAACCAGUGUAUAAUAAAUGAAUGUUAAUUAACCUGUCUGGCGCCUUAACUUGCCUUUCUUCUUGCACUCCAGAGUUACCUUUACAAAUAACCAAUCAAUCAUGUUGAACUUCUACUCAUGUUCUACCCAGUGAAUACUCACCCCCUUCAUUUCCUGGUGCUCUUCCCCUUGCACUUUGACUCGGUAGAUUCUUAUUCAUCCUUCAAAGCCCAGCUCGGGUAGAUCCUUCUAGGUGAAAUCUGCUGAGUGUUCGGGCACUUGGCCACUUUCUCCUUGUACGCCUAUAGCCUUCUGUCUCCAGCUCCACCACCACGCUGAUCCUGUCAUGUGGUAACCAUUGAGUGUCUUCUGAGGACAAUCUCAGGUUCCUUGUGAGGACUCAUUUAUUCUCUUUGUGGCCCGGCCCAUGGGAGACAUUCAAGUAAGCAUUUACUUUGGAGGUUCAUCAAGUAGUGUGGCUGUGAAUGCUUUCAGCAUGCAGUUCCACAUCUGUUUCAGACCCCUGCCACUUCAUGGCUGCUCAGAGUAACCUGCAAUGCACUGUGAGAGAUGGAGAGUCUGCUGCUUUAGCCAUGCACAGGUGUGAACUUCCACAAGACAAAGCUCUCACCUCUGUAUUUCCAGCAGGAUUCCAGCAAAGGCAUGCAAUUUAUAAUUUUAUAUGUAAGAGGAGAAGGAAAUUCCAAAGUUCAUUUUAUGGCUCAAAAAACUUUUUUAUGUAUUUAUAUAUUUCAGAAAACAAACGUUUUAAAUAUUAUGAUAUGAAAACAUUCUUCAGUAAGACAACCAACUGGAGUUGGAGACUUUCAAGGGUGCUGGGCUGCAAUUCACAGAACAAUAAUAACUUCUUAAAUUUGGGUGUCUUAAAGAUUCUUUUGUGUAAAUAUGCUGAGGACAGCUUUAGAAUAAUAGAAAACAUAGUAUAUACAUUUUUACACAAGAUUCCUGAGCAGAAGAUGUAAGUUGGAGACCCUCAUGACUACUUUCAAUUUCCUAGUUGGUAAGAACUGACUUUAUAGCACAGAAUAGUAGGUGCAUUCUGCAGAUGUAAGAAAAAAGGAAACAUUUCUCCUUGUCUUUCUGAGGUUUCUUUUCCCAAUAGUUAGGUGCCUGCACUUUCAAGGUGGAACACGAGAAUUCUCUUAGCACUGACCAAACAACAGACCUGAGAUGCUUAAACCUUACAGUUAGCAAAGAGCAGAAGAGAAUUUUAACAAGUGGAAUAUGAAACAUGACCUGUUUUAUCUCUGUACCUGGUUUGGUAACUUGUUUGAAUUUAUUGAGAAACAAACAUAAAAUUUUAUUUUUUCUCCA